GUAAUUCGGAAAUCGGAAAACAGAAAUUUAAUUGCAAAUUAAGACAUACCGGAGUAGAUUCAAGCAUAUUUUGAGUCGUCCGACAUCUGUACUAAGAUGCUGGUUAAUGGCGGACCAGAUCGUCGGCCUCAAACCCGUGCCCGAAUGCGCAUCGUGCUUUUAAGGUGACAUUUCCCAUGUAGAGCAAGUGAGUUGCCCAAACGUCAGCUCAUAUUACCUAACCCGAUCCACAUUACCUUGGCUCAAACUCGCUACUUUCAUAAUGGCUCCGCGCAUAAUUCCAGCCCCUGGAGUACUACCAAACUACAAGCGUGACGCCCAGGAGGCUUUCGAAUGCCUGAAAGCCGGUGGCGUAAUCAUCAUCCCCACAGACUUCGGCUAUGGACUUAUGUCAGCCAGCAAUGAGGCCAUUGAGCGGUCUUUCAAAGCCAAGAAUCGGGUGGAAGGCCAUACCCUUGGGGCAAUUGGCACCUUCAACACUUUCAAAAAGCUCUGUACUCUGCCUGAAGAGAAGUUUGAGAUGAUCCGCGUCCUCAACCAGGACAUGGACCAAGCAUUCAAUGUGGUGGCACCGCUACAGACUGCGCCGGAAGACCACCCGUUGCUGGCGCACCUCAGCCCCGAGAACCUCAAGCGUGUGACAAAAGACAAGACAAUCGGUAUAAAUAUAGGCGAGAGCCCUUUCAUGCGAGAACUCGGCCGCUUGAAUGAUGAGGCCGGCCAGCUGAUGGUGGGCAGCAGUGCCAACCUCACUGGAACCGGACAGAAGCUGCGCGUCCAAGAUCUCGAGGAGCAGGUCUAUGAGUCGGCAGAUUUGCUCGUAGACUACAGUCUACAACGGUAUCACCGCUACCAACGGUCGGGAACCAUCAUCGACGUUGAGAGCAUGCGCAUCUUGCGUAUAGGCGCUGGCUACGAGAUCUUCAGAGAGCGCGUCAAGCAGUGGUUUGGAUAUGACCUCAUCCCAGAUCCGGUCAACAGAACAGAUCAUGUUGGUGUAGGUCAUUCUGUCAAGACGGAGUAUGCGCAGAAAUAUUAGGUACAACUUUUCAGGUUCCAUCUCGGAAUGCAUGUAUUAUGGGCUUGGUACCUUGAGUCUUAUCAAUUGACAAUGGAUAUCAGACCUACGGCGGCUGGUUAUACUGGACCUAUGAAGGCUUCAUAAGAUCCCGACUUUCUUCCUUCCUUGAAU